AACAACAACAAGAAAAUCUUACUAAAAAAAUACAAAAAAGGAGAGCAGAGAAAAACCCGUUUUUCGGGAAGCUGCUAAACUCGAACAGGCAACAAGAGCCAGCGACAAAACAAGCCGAGACUGAGCCGCAGGCAGCAAGGCCGCCCCAACAACAACAACAGCUACAACAACAAAAACAGAUUUUUGUUGGUCGCAUUUUUCCUGCAACUUUUCCUCUGGACACUUUCUUUAUGUCAGCACGACUAAACUAGCAUGAAGCUGAAGAUGAUGGCGAGUUGCCGGCUGAUGGCGCUGGCACUGCUGCUGCUCCUACUAAUUCUGCCCCGCGUCAGCGUUGCCAAGUCGAAGAACAAAAACAAGUCCAAUCAGAAUACGCAUUACGCCAGCAGCGACGCCAGCAGCGAUGACAGCAACAACAACAGCAACAACAACAACAGUGGCAACAAGGGAUCCACAAAGGGGCACAACGAGGCCUUGCAACACUUUGCCAUGGAGCCGCAGGAUCAGACAGCCGUGGUCGGUUCCCGGGUGACGCUGCCGUGUCGCGUCAUGCAGAAGAAGGGCGCCUUGCAGUGGACGAAGGACGACUUUGGGCUGGGCCAGCAUCGCAAUCUGAGCGGCUUCGAGAGAUACUCGAUGGUGGGCAGCGACGAGGAGGGCGACUUCUCGCUGGACAUCUACCCGCUGAUGCUGGACGACGAUGCCAAAUACCAGUGCCAGGUGGGACCGGGGCCACAGGGGGAGCCUGGCAUCCGUUCCCGGUUUGCCAUUCUGACGGUGCUGGUGCCGCCGGAGUCACCCAAAAUACUGCAGGGUGACUUUCUGGUGACCACCGAGGAUCGGGAAAUUGAGCUCGAGUGCGUCUCGGCUGGCGGCAAGCCCGCCGCCGAAAUCACCUGGAUCGAUGGACUCGGCAACGUGCUGACGGCGGAGAGCUUCUUCGAGCCGCUCUCCGAUUCGCGUCGCACCACCACCAAGUCGGUGCUGAAGCUGGCCCCCAAGAAGCGCUACCACAACACGACGAUCACGUGCCAGGCCCAAAACACCGCCGAUCGCACCUACCGCUCCGCCAAGGUCCUCCUCGAGGUGAAGUACGCCCCCAAAGUGUCCGUCUCUGUGGUGGGCGGCGCCAGCACCGCCACCGGUCGCAUUCCCGAGGGCGCCGAGGUCAUACUCAGCUGCCAGGCGGACGCUAAUCCGCCCGAGCUCAACUAUCGCUGGUUCAUCAACGAUGAGCUGAUGCAAGGUGACUUCACAACCAAACUGAUCAUUCACAAUGUGACCCGAAAGUAUCACGAUGCGAUUGUCAAGUGCGAGGUGGGCAAUGCCGUCGGCAAGAGCGAGGAGAGCGAAACCCUGGACAUAAGCUUUGGACCCGUCUUUCGCCAGCGUCCUGCCAGCAAGGAGGCGGACAUCGGCGCCACAGUCACCAUGCGCUGUGAGGUGGGCGGCAACCCCGCGCCCGACAUCGAAUGGAUCAAUGAGAACUCCGACCAGGUUGUUGGCCGCGGGCCGGAACUGAAGCUAAAGGUUAGCACCGAAACAGCUGGACGUUAUUUCUGCAAGGCGACGGUCAGUGGGUUUCCGGAGAUCGGGGCCGAGGCUACGGUCUACGUGAAGCGUGCCCCAAUUAUCACGUCGCACAAGGUGCAAUACGGCGACGUCGGCAGACGGACAAAGAUCGAUUGUCUGGCAUUUAGUAUACCGAAAGCGGAGCUUAUCCUCUGGUCCUUUGCGGGCAAGGUGAUCAACAUGAGCAGCGCCGAUCCGGACAUCUACAUAUUCGAGGAGCAUCAUCUGCCGGAGGGCGUCCGGGCGGCCCUCAUCAUCCGGGAGAGUCUCACAACGCAUUUCGGUCAAUACAAUUGCACGGUGAUUAAUUCGUAUGGCGGAGACUCGCUGGUCAUUGAGUUGAUGCUGGAGCCGAGCGGUGUGCCCGUAAUGCUGGUCAUCAUCUGCUCCUCAAUAUUGGUGGCCAUCAUACUGACGGUCAUGAUGAUGGUCAUCGUCUAUGCGACGCGGCGACGCAAAAAGAAACCGAUGCCCGCCGAUGUCAUACCGGAGGCGUCUCGCGGCGGCGACAAACUCAACGAGCUGAAGAGCGAACUGCGCUCCAAGGCCUACGAUGUGGAAUAUUCGGAGGCGGCCAGCGAUGGCCUGGCCAUCAAUCUCACCCAGACACCCAUGCCGGAUGUGCAGAUGAAGGGCGCCACAUUGGGCGUGCCCCUUGCCGGACCCGUCAACUUCGAUGAGCGCUUCUCGGGCGACUACGGCGAUCGCUACAAUCGCCCCUGCCACACGAAGAACGCCAAGAACCACAACAGCAAGGAGCAGGCCUACAAGGAGACCACCAGCAAUGGCUAUGCUCCGUACUUUGAGUACGUCCUCGACUACAGUCUGCCCGGUGACAGUGGCAAGCCAAAGGGACCCUCUAUGGGUGCCAAUGCUAAUACCAAUGCCAAUGUCGGUGGUGGUGUUGGUGGUGCUGGUGGUGGUGCUGGUAUCAACUCAGCCACGUUGCCACAUAACAACGGGCCGGCUGCUGGCAAGUCGGUGGGCGUGGCACACAGCAGUGGGGCGAGUCUGCCCCGCAAUCAGCGCCACGAGCUGCACCACCACAGCCAUAAACAGCAGCAGCAGCAGCAGCAGAAGCCACAGACAUCCCAAGCCAACGGUUUUCUGGGGCAACCGCUGCUGCAGAAUGGGAUCGACAGUCGCUUCAGUGCCAUCUAUGGCAAUCCGUACUUGCGCACCAAUUCAUCCAUAUUGCCACCCCUGCCACCGCCGAGCACCGCCAAUCCGGCGGCAACGCCCGCCCCACCCCCUUACCACUCGACACGGCAUGCCCACAGUAAUGGCGGGCUGAAGCACUUCGGUGCCGGCGGAUAUGGGGCAGCGGCCAGCCUCACCCAUGCUGGCGGAGCCGGUGGUGCGGGGGGCAGCGUCAGUGGGGGACCGGGCAGUGUGAGCGGCAGCAGCUCCAAUUUGACGGCCAGCAGCAAUACGCUAGCGGCCACGCCCCUCACUCAGCCGUCCAUAGGCAUCGGUGGUGCUGGGGGCGUGGGCGUGGGCGUGGGCGUGGGCGUGGGCGUGGGCGUGGGCGCCGGUGCAGGUGUGGCAGCGGCACAAUUGGGCGCCCAAAGUCCCUCCGGGCAGUUCAUACUGCCCACAAACAACAAGGGCGUCACACAGAAAGGUCCUUUGGCCACACACGUCUAAUUGGCAACAGCUGCACCGGAACCAGAACCGGAACAGGAACCGGAACCGGAACUAAAUUAUGUGUGUUAGCAUAUUUAUUCAAAUUGUAUUCGUAAUCGUAAUGUCUAAUGUCUAGACUAUAGAUCCUAGGAAACUACACAUAUAAAAAAAACUGCGUGU